CCUUUGCGCCCCACUAUCGUUUGGACGUUAGCCACUUGUAGUUUAUACUUGCUAAUAAGUCUUCCAUGUAGAGGCUACAAUUUUUGUUUUAGUGAAUCGCGUUUUUGAAGGGGUAGUCUCGACGACUGUGCAGAACAUUUAUUUUCUUAUUGACUGUCUGAUGGAAUAUUCACGGAGUUGGAGUUGGAGUGAAGUUAUUUUUCUGCUGUGACACAUUGUGAGCUUAACUUAGCAUAUGUGUCUUCCAACUUCGCAUAAAUUACACGACUCUGAAACUUUGGAAAAUUUUCAGUCACUUUACAUCACUGAGAUGUUUUGGAAACUUGUUGAAGUAUUCCCGGCAUUCCACCUUUUAGACAUCUUGCUGCGCAGGUGAAUUUUAAAUCACCGAGACAUAUCAGGGGCUUUAGGAAUCUGUUUUCCAAAGCUCAGAAUAUCAGUUCUUCUUAAUCUUCGGCUGGUGCUAAAAAAGUCUGAAAUUUUAACUAUUUUUAAGUAUUUGCUAACGUAAAUUUUGCGAUUUUUAAAUCUUUGGUAAAAGCGCAAGGAUCAAAAUUUUCACAAAUUGUAUGCAGGUGCAAUGUACCAUGAAGGGUGAUAUUUGGAAAUAAAAAGAAUUAAGGAAAAAAAAAUAUUUUAAUAACCCGUAAUUUAAAUAAUGUUUUAGCUUGAGAGUUGAAUAAUUUAAAAGUGAAAUAUAUUAAUGUUGAAUGUUGCAUUCGUAAUUGUCUCAAAAUAUUUUAUGGAAUUUUCUAGAGAACAUUUCAAUUGUUCGUAAGCUUUUAAAUUUAAUCUUGAAAUUAUCUCGUAUCUUAUCUGCUGUUUAAAAAACCCAGUUUAAAAGAUAGUAAAUUUUAUAUAGUUUCACUUGCAAAAGUGCCUUAGAUGUAGUAGUUGCUUCUUUGUCUAUAGUUGCUAGUAAAACAAAAGGGAUCAUCACUGAUGUUUCUAAAUCAAUCUUUUUGAAACUUAGCAGUUUCUAUAAGCAGAAGCUUUUUCUAUCGUAAAAGAAUACACUUGACAGUGUAAACAAAUAAAAACAAUUCAAAUUACUUAAGGCAGUUUCACAUCUGGUGCCUUAAAUGGUAUGUUAAAGGGAGGGAAAAGAAAGCAAAUAGAAAAUCUGAAGUAUCGACUUUGGCAUAUGCAUAUUUCUAAUUUCAAUCUCAGCAAGUAGUAGUAAAAUAUCGAUUUCACUUCGUGUCCCUGAAAAAAGAGAAAUCUUUAGAAUUGUUUUUAUAUUACUUCAUGUUUUUCGUCGGGACUUGUGCCAUGCUUUAAUUGGAUUUUUCUGGAUAUUGCAGUUAGCACCCUUUUCAUCAUGUGUUGUUAUCGACUGAUCACUGAUGCAGUGAGUUCAACUUUGUGAUGUCUUCGCCAUGGCUAAAGUUAUGGACCAACCUUUGUCGGAAGAGGCGAGCAGCGACAACGAGGAGAUUAACAAACUUUUCCCAAGGUGCCGACCUCGUAGCGUUGUUUCCAGCAGCGAUUUCAACCAGAACAAUGUCAAUGUCAACAAUAAUCUCAAGGACCAUAGAAAGCUGUCGACAGCAAGCAGCGACAGUACUAUGAGCAGCAGCAUUAUGGACAAAGCGAAUGACAACUAUCUGCCCCACAAUAACCAGGAUCACCAAGACACCCUGGGCCGCCCUGCCUCCGAUAUGAGCGAAACGUCUUCCUGCUGUGGAGGGGAGCAGCAGCAGCAGCCUCUACCGCCUCCCCCUGCAGCCGAAGUCACUGAAGACCAUUCGGUGAUAAGCGCCUACGAUUACUGUGAUUAUGACAGUGGCUUGUUGUGCAAUGCCAGUACUUCCAACAAGGAAGAAGCUCGCAGCAAUUCUACUUCUUCCAUGACUUGUGACCGACGUGAUUUCAGUGAAGAUGUAGUUUACGAUCCUGAACUGGAUGUCGGGUACCACAUGGACGCUGGGUUUUGCCUUCGAGAGAGCCGUAUUGAGAUUGCUGGGGGUCGCGAGAUAUUCUCGAAGAGUCGGAGCAAGCCUUCGAAGAAACGACAUAGUGAGGAAGUGACGUACCAUCGCCAGAGGGUUUCCGCUGACCAUAGUCAAACUAGCUGCAAUAACUCCUCUAAAUCUCAAGAUUUCAAACGAUUCAGCGCAGAUGUUAUGUACGAUGACAAACUGCGACGAUAUAUGUAUAAUAUGUGUUCAGGUUCUAUAGACAAGCUGCAUACAUGUGCAAAAUAUCGAACUGAAUCAUCAUUUAUUGUGGAGGAGAAAAGCCCUGAACAUAUGCCUCGAUUAAACGGUCGAAUGUGCCUAAGGAAAAGUUCUUCUGUUCGUGGACUGCAGGAUCUUCCUAUAGAUUCUAAGCAACAUUCUGGGCAUUUAGUGUAUGAAGCCCCAGUGAGUAAUGCUGAAAUUGUGUAUGAUGACAUCGGCGAACUGAUCGACCAGAGGAAAGUCGAAAAUGGUGCACCUGGUAGUUCUUACGGUGGAAAUAACACGAGCAACGGCUUGCGUGUGAAAACGACUAGUUGCGAUUCAGAAUACUCUACGUAUCCUGGGGAAAUUUUGGAAUCCCCUAAUAGUGAUACUGAGCAGUCUUUCCGUAUCAUGCACAAACUGCAUAUUGGUGCUCUAGACGUUAGUUCUCCAAUUUCGCCUUCUUGUGGUGGACUCUGGGGUGUCGAUGGGUUAGUUCAAGAACAUGUUGGCAGUCUGCCGAAUUUGAGUCAGGAAGAGGAAAUGGAUACUGACUCUGAACCUGCUUCUCCUGUUAAACAAGGAAUUGCGCGUCUAAUAGGCAACGUUCCUAUAGCAGAGUACGAAGGCUCUCCUCGCCGUUACGGCCCACGGCCGGGAUAUCCUCAUCGUGUUUCUUCGGACUGUAGUACAGUGGAACAGAAUGGGGAUGAGAAAAGUCAUCCUUCAACAUGUGAAGAACUAUUAAAAGUAAUAGCUGGAAAUAAGCCUAUAGCAAAUGAUGUACGAAAGAAUGCGCAAUGCAAAAAUUCUGACGAUUCUGUUGAGUGUAGCAACCACGAUUCGGACGUCAAAAGCAUUUUAAAAGAAUUUUCUUCUUCGAAUCAUUGUAAAAAUGAUAGUAGAGACUCUUCUAAGGGUAUAGCCAAUGCUCAGGACUCUGAUUUCAGCGAGUUAGAAUAUAGACUUUAUAGGGUUAACACUGGUAGUUCCUACGUUGGUCGUCGUCUCGCCCAGUCUUCGGGAGGCGAUAACCAAGACAGCCCUAAACGCAACGAUGUGGUCAAAUUAGUCAACGGCGAUCUGCCGCACGUCUGUAAAACUACCAUGGCCACGAGCGAUUGCUUAUCCCCAUCGCGCGAUAGCGUUCCUCCUCCUCCCUCUGCAGAUGAUGAUGCGGUUAAUUCUUCUGCAGGAACAGCAAGUGCAGUUUUUUUGCCUAAUGAGCAAGAACUGAUGUUGCUGCACGAAAGUGUGCAUCAGCAUACGUUACAAGUCGAAAUGGUGGAUCAAGACUUGGAAUCUAUUAGCACUUAUCCGGGAACAGAAGAUCUCGGAGAAACUGAAGUAGGUGAACAAGUGGACCACACUCGGAACUUUACUUUGUCCCCAGAAACUACUGACUGUGAUAGUAAUGAUGUAGAGAGUGUCGUCUCUUUGGAGGGCAGUAUGAACUCUGGAGGUAGACUUAUGAGUAGUAUGCCCGUUCUAGAAGAUGGUUUAUCCAGUGGCCACAGCAGUGAGCCAGACACCAGCGAGGAUGAGGGCUCAGAUGGCGUGUGGUCUGAAAACAGGAAACGGUCUUCCGAGGAAUUUGACAAUCCGACGUUGGCCUUGAUCAACAAACAGAUCAGCAAAAUAGAACAAGAUUUCUGUAAACGACCACCGUCAAAUAAUAUUGUGCCUCCAGAAAAAAUGAACCAUCAAGACGUUGCUGAGUACCUAUGGAGGCAUUCUUGCAAUUCCCAGCACCUUGCACUUCAGGAUGUUGAUCUCAGCUAUUUCGAUGUGCUCACUCCCAAACCAAAUGAAUCUAGUCCAAGGUUACAAAACGACACUGGACUGCCCGAAGAUUGCCCGAAUGGUAAACAGGGUUCUGCCAAUGUGUCAGAAGCUAUUAAAGAGAUCAAACAAGCCAUCCAAAUGAGCAAAAAUGUUCAGCUCAAAAGUACGCAUUCUGGGAGCAAUUGUGAAGGACCUAACCAACCCGUUUGGGUACCUAGGUUAUCUCAGUCGGGUAAGGGCAAAGAUGGCUGUCAUCCGGAUGCUCACGGUGAGAGGAACGUAGACGAUGGUGG